UUCAACCCCGAAUCGGUGUUUUGAUGUGAAUAUCUUUUUUAUUGUUCUAAAAAUUAAUAUUCAUUGGAAAAUGAAUAAGAAAAUUAUAGUGAUUGGUGCAAGUGCAUCAGGUGUAGCAGCAGUUACGAAGCUUAUUUCGAAUGGAUUUGACCGUGUGACAAUUUUAGAGGCGGAAAAUCGUAUUGGUGGCCGAAUUCACACUGUUCCAUUCGGCGAGAAUGUCGUCGAUAUGGGGGCCCAAUGUUUGGAUUUUCUUUUGAUUUUAUGUGCCACGGAGAGAAGUAAUGUUGUGUUCGAAAUGGCCAAAGGCAAAGAAGUUUCAGAAGGAGGCCGCAACUUAAAUUUUGAAGAACCUAAACUGAUUAGGACCAGAGGUGUGGAGAAUAAAAUUCCUGAAAAUUCGGAGCCAGUAAUCGAUAUUAUUCCACUGAUCCACUUCGAUAAAGAAGUGCUGAAAAUCGUAUACAAUCAACCCAGUGCAUCCACAAAAAUUACAUGUAAAGACGGUAGUUCAUAUUUAGCCGAUCACGUGAUUUGCACGGUCUCAUUGGGUGUUCUUAAAGAGCGUUGUUUGAGUUUGUUCGAGCCGUUGCUUCCUCGAUGGAAAUACAAUAGCAUCGAUGGCAUGAUGAUUGGAACCGUCGAUAAAAUCUAUUUGGAAUUUGAUAAACCAUUUUGGAACGACGAAUGUUGGGGUGGAUUUUCAAUUUUAUGGCAAUUACAACAAUUGAAAGAAGUACGAGACGAUCCGGUGAACGGUGACUGGCUAGAAGGUUUAAUGGCAUUCAAUCGAUUUAAUAAUCAUCAACACAUUCUUUGCGGUUGGAUCUCUGGAGAAUUGGCACAUAAAAUGGAAGAAAAGAGCGACGCCGAUGUGAAAGCCGGCGCAGAAAAAGUUCUUCGAAUGAUUUUGAAACAUUGGAACAUACCAGAUGCCAAAACAAUGGUUCGCUCAAAAUGGUACUCAAAUUCUCAUUUCCGUGGAUCUUAUUCGAAUUACACGCUGAAAGCAGAAGCACUCAGAGCAAAUGUUCAAAAAUUAGCGGAACCAAUAAGUGACUCGAAUGGAAGGCCAGUUAUUCAAUUCGCCGGUGAAGCCACCAGUCCAAAUCUCUUCUCGAACGCACAUGGGGCAGUUGAAACUGGAUGGCGGGAAGCUGAAAGACUGAUUAAACUUUAUAAAUGAUAUAUGAGGAAAUGUUGUUACUUUCUACUUUGGCGCAUGAACAAUGUUUUUUAUAGAUUCAAAAUGUUAGUUUUAAGUCAACAUUCUAGUUUCAUUCACGGAAAAACUUUUUCCAAGAGUAGCGUCCAAACUAGGGUGGAGCGUUUUUGAUCUUUUUUGGAGUAUAAAUGUGUAGUACACAUUGUGUACACUUGGAUUUAUAUGUGUCUUGGCGCCCCGAAUCAGGAUGUACCAACAUUUUUUUCAAAAUGUGACCAUUUAGGCCUGCCGACUUGCAUUUG